AGAGAACAGUUCACCAUGACCACUGCCGUCAAGAAGUAUCGCUACAUUCGCUCGGAUUUUGAGCCCCUCGAAACCAAGCCCGUCCACUUCGACAUGGUCUUUGACGUGUCUGAGAAGGAAGUUCGUGUGACCCUUCAAACGACUUUGAAGUACGUUGGCGCUGCCCCUAAGUCCGUGUUGAAGCUCAACUCGAAGGCGUUGGAAAUUGUCAGCGUCGAACGCCUGCACAACUUCACACCUUUGAACGGAUCCCGCAACUUUGUGUCGCAUGUUGCCAGCUUUGGCGCCCCCAAGCCCCUGGAAUAUGUCGUCGACACCGUGGACCAUUUUUUGGUGAUCACGUUGGAUACCCCUGUGCAAUCGGGCGACGAAUUCGUCGUCCGCACUGUGUCGAUUGCCCGCCCUACCGAAAACAUCUUGGAGGGUUUGUACUAUGACUACACUCCUGAAGGCGCUCCUCGCACCAUCAUCACACAAUGCCAGCAAUACGGGUUCCAACGCAUCGUGCCGUGCAUUGACACGAUGGACGCCAAGGCGUUUUACACGACGACCAUCGUGGCCGACAAAAAUUACACGAACAUCAUCACCAACGGAGAUUUGGCGCCUGGUUUCAGCACCCCCGAAGGCACCCCCAUCUACCACGAUGCUUCGGAGUUUUUGGCGACGGCAGAUUCGACUCGCCAUGCGCUCAAGUACUACAACCACACGAUUAACAUGGCGCCGUAUUUGUUUUUCUUGGGCGUCGGCACGUACGUGACGUACCGUCGCACUUUGGAAUUCCCCGACGGCGACACGACGUUGCUAGAACUGUUGGCUUUCCCCGGCUUUGCCGAGCCCGCGGACGCCAAGCUGUCUGUGCAAAUGCUGCACGACUCGAUCUUGUGGACCAACGUGAGCUUGGGCCCUGAGUCUACCGACCACCACGACGAGCGCGUGGCCAUCUACGCGUUGCUCGAAGAACGCGAAGCGAUCAAGGCCAAGUCUGCGCCUUUGACCGUUGGCAGCGAGGAAGUCGUCCAACCGACGCCUUUGUCUGCCACUGACGCCGCUCGUUUGGCGGCUGUCCGCGCCGAAUUGAAGACGCUCAUUGGCAAGUGGACCAAGACGGGGUACAAGUACACUGGGCAAAUCUACCGCGAAAUCGGCAUGGAAAACUCCAACUACGGCGGCAUGGAGAACGUGGGCAACACGACAAUCGUGAGCUCAUGCCUGUGCCCUACGUGCCGCAUGGGCGACCACGGGUACGAGUACAUGGAGCGCGUCAAGGUGCACGAGUACUACCACAACAUCAACGGCAGCGAAGUGACGGGCCAAUCGCCGUUUGAAAUCUGGCUCAACGAAGCCGUGACAGUGCACAUGGAACGCAAGCGCCACGCGGCCAUUUUCGGCCAAGAGUAUCAUCGUCUCGGGGAUGUCGUGCGCAUGUUCACGCCCACGAUCGGUCCCAUCGCCCUCGACAAGGCCGCCACGUGCCUCAGCGUGGAACCCGAAGGAUUCAACCAAACCCAGGAACUUGUGUCUGCCGUCACCUACUCCAAGGCGCCAGAGAUCGUCCGCAUGGUGGAGUUGCUGUUGGGCUUCAAGAAGUUCAACGUCGCGUUGGACAAGUACUACACCAAGUACUUGUAUGGCAACGCCACGACGGCCGAGUGGUUUGCGUGCAUGGAGGAAGUGUCUGGCAUCGACUUUCAAAACUUCCAGCGUGUGUGGCUGAAGCGCCCCGACCACCCCGAAGUCACGUACACGACCGCGUACGACAGCGCCAAGCAAACGUACAACGUCAAGCUGACCCAAAGCGGGUUUGAACGCUUUGACAACACGGACGCGGCCGGCCCGUGGGAAAUCCCGAUUGACUACGCGCUUAUCAAGGACGGCAAGAUCGUGCGUGAAGGCGUGUACUUCUUCAAGUCCAAGUCGGAUGAAUUCACGUUGGAUAACAUCACGAGCACCCCCGACUACCUAUCUUUCGGCCGCCAAUGGUCGUUCUUUGGUACGUCCAAGGCCCUCAACGCCACCAACGAAGCGUUGAUCAAACAAGCCAUCAACGACCCUGACGCGGUUAACCGGUAUUUCGCCUACCGCGCCAUCGCCGACGGCGAAAAGGCGCGCAUUGUGGAAGCUUUGAUCGGUGGCCGCAACGACGUGACCAUUUCCCCCGCGUUUACCGCUUUGCACGGCUCCAUUCUGUUUGACGAGACGUUGAACCCUGCUGUACGCGCGUUGAUUUUGUCCGAGAAGAAUGCGCUCACGACCCGCGAAGACUUGAGCCACCACUACGACCACAUCACGACCGCCACGGUGGCCUUGCUGCAGUCGGUGUGGGCAGCCCACGGCGAAAAGAUUGAUGCCAAGCUCAAGGCUUUGAUCAAGGCGUCGGUGCCUGGCCCCCACAAGGACCAAUUGCUUGAACGCAAGCUCAAGCAGCACUUGCUGGCGAUUGUCGGCGUGAGCACGGCCCCCCUAGCGUUGCCCACUGUGGCAGCGUCGUCGGUGACGAUCGACGUGGCGGCUGUGGCGCUCAGCAUCUUGAACACGUCGACGUUUGUCUCGGACAAGGAAUUGGCGUUCCGCACGAUCCUCUCGACCGAAGCGUAUGCGGACCGCGCUGCAGUCCAAACCCGCAUUCGCGAUGAAUGGUCCAAGACCCCCGAAAUGCUGGAAGCGUACAUUGCCACGAUUGGUAGCUUGUCCACGUCCGACUUUACCACGCAAAUCCGCACGUUGAUGGCGUUGCCGUAUUUCAACAUCAACCAAACCCACCACACCCGCACGUUGGCCCGUGGGUUGAGUCAGAUCCGCCACAAGAGCGUGCUGACCGAAGAAGGCCGCGCGCUGAUGCUCGAGCUGUUCACCAAGAUCGGCACGGUCAACCAAAUGUCGGCGUACCCACUGUUGAAGUGUUUUGACCAAGUGGAUGCGUUCACGGGGGCGACCAAGGACGCGUUGGUCAAGACGCUGCAAGCCAUGCAAGACUCGAUCGACAAGGUCAAGGAAGAAUCUCUGUACAACCAGCUCAACAUCAUGCUCAAGAAGGCGUAAGGGGUGGAAGGACGACUGCAGUAGGCGUUAGUGUACAUUUAUACCGGUAUAUAAUAUAUAUAUGCAGCGAUGGCGUUCGAAUAUUGAUG